CCUAUCACCAUGGCCUACCUGGGACUCCUGUGUUGUUUUGCCUUCAUUGGCACCUCUUUAGGCUGUGGGGUCCCUGCCAUUACGCCUGUUGUGAAGGGCCUGUCUAGGAUCGUCAAUGGUGAAAAUGCUAUCCCUGGCUCCUGGCCCUGGCAGGUCUCUAUUCAGGACAAAACCGGCUACCACUUCUGUGGUGGAUCAAUCAUCGACCAAUACUGGGUGGUCACUGCUGCCCACUGUGACGUCUGGCAAUCUGACCUGGUGAUUGCUGGGGAGUUUGACCAGGGCUCUGAUGAGGAAGACAUCCAAGUACUGAAGAUCAACAAGAUCUUCCAGAAUCCCAAAUACAACUCCAAUACCAUCAGCAAUGACAUCACUCUGAUAAAGCUGGCCACGCCUGUUCAAUAUUCGGACACUGUGUCCCCAAUCUGCCUUGCCAGCUCUGCCGAUGACUUCCCUGAAGGCUAUACCUGUGCCACCACUGGUUGGGGGCUGACCAAGUUCAGCAAUAGCCAAACCCCCAAGAAGCUCCAACAAGCCUCUCUGCCUCUCCUGUCCAACACACAGUGCAAGAAGUACUGGGGAAACGAUAUCAAAGACAGUAUGAUCUGUGCUGGCGCCAGUGGUGUUUCCUCCUGCAUGGGUGACUCUGGUGGCCCACUGGUCUGCCAGAAGGAUGACGUCUGGUUCCAGGUUGGCAUUGUCUCUUGGGGCAGUAGCGUCUGCUCCACCUCCAGCCCUGGGGUGUAUGCCCGUGUCACCGAGCUCCUGCCUUGGGUGCAAGAGACCCUGGCUGCCAACUGAGCUUCCUGCAGGGGCACGGUCUCAUGUAUUUCCCAUGUGACUGUGUGAGGUCGAAAUAAAACUCU